UGGUCCAUAUAAUAAGGCGCAUGCGCCAUUUGAGAGAGGUCAGGUUACUAUGGAUACGGACGGGACCAGGAGCUUUGAUCCUCCCCAAGGAGGUUUCCAAGAUUUCACUGGAGUUCCAUGAGAAGAUCGAAGGAGGACAUCGGGGCGCAAAGAAGUUCUGGCGCACGAUGCUCCCCCGAAUAAAAUACCGCAAUCCGAGCGUCCCCAUCCAAAUAACCCGCCACAAGAACCCCUCCGGCCCCGCGACCCUCAACAUCUUCACCAAACCCACCCCUUCCUCCGCCGCCGCCGCAGCACCCACAACCCCCACACACUCCGUCGACAUCAAAGAGAUGCCGGAGCUCGAAGUCCUCGCACAACUCGUCAGCCGGACGGGCGCCGUCGAGAUACAAAUGACAGAGGAGGAGAAGGAGCAGUGGCGCGAGAUCGAGGCGUUCAACAAGCGGAGCGAGGCCGAUCGGAAGAUGGUCCGCGAGAGGCUGGAGAAGGAGAGGGAGGACGAGAGGAUUUUGAAGUUGGCGAGGGGUGAGAUCACGGAGUAGAUCGUUCGUGGUGUCAACUUCGGUUUUGGGACUCUGGCCUCGCUGUGCCUGCUGUUGCUGUGUAAACGAAAAUUCACCCCUCUGAAUCGCCUGAUGAGGUGAGGAACGGAGGGGAUAUGUAUGAUAUAUAGAAUUGUACAAUUGUUUCUGACUUCGAGUCCCAAUUU